UUGUGAGGUGCUCGUGCGUGCCCAAACUGAACACUUCUGUUUUUAAUGUUUAGACUGGGGGUGGCACAGUGAGCCUCCCCUUCAGAGUAAAUAAUACAGCUGGGGCCUUUUCUACUCCUUGAAAAACAAAUGUCAUAGCAUAUUUUGUGGCAUUUUCUGCUCACCGCAAUGUGUGUUUACCUGCUCACUAUCAAAUAAAAUAAUUUUGCUUUUAAAACAAAUAACUAAAAGUAGCUUAACAGGUUUUGAAAAAUGUCAUGUUUUAUUUUUAUUCAAACUGCCUCCCAGGUGAGGUCUGCCUCUCUUGUUUAUACAUAAAUAUUAAAAUGUUUGUCUUAAUUUAUUGGCCCAUAUAGAGGACACGUGCUAGUAGAUCAACUCGUGUCAAGCGUGUCAUUGUGGUUCAACAAUAGGACCACUGGAGGAUAUCACCUCACAUCCAUAACAACAGAAAAUUUCAUGUAAUUAGAAUCUCAGUCAUGAUGAUUGAAUGAUUAAUUACUUAGAUGCAAAGAUAAGUGAAACAAAUUAUCAGUAGAAAUAUGACAGAGAUGCACAGAAAUGCCAGCAAACAUGCAGCUUGUAUCAGUUCAUUAAUUGAAACACACACACACAUGCAGAGCCACAUUGUGGCUGGUUGUUGCAGGCAUGUGUGUUGAUGUGAUGUGCGCAGUCAGUGGCACAUGUGGCUCUGAGCUGCUGGAGCACACAUGCAGCCGUGGGGGCCUGACUGGUGGCUUGCGGGGAGGAGGAAACAAAAAUCUCCCGGCGUGCUGUUCAUUGAUCGCUCUCUCAGGAUGCCAGCUUUCAUCCUCUCUUUUCAUUCUCACGUUGAAAAACUCUUCACCACACUCUAAACGUGAUGCUGGAUGACCCUCAGCAUGGAAGCUACUUUGCAUACUUCCUAUAUGUUGAGAAUAAUGUAGCACAAGUUAUCGAGCAGCAGCUGCAAUGGCCCUGUGGCUGUUUAGUUAUGCAAGCAGUAUGGUGCUGUAUAAAUAUAUGGAGGUUAUAGGUUGGUUGACAGAGAUUGAAGGAGUGUUUAUGUGAUGCCUCUACCCCCUCCUCCUCUUUUAGCUCCUUCACUUUAAAUUAGACUCAUACCACAAACAUGGAUGCCCCCCGCCCACCCACCUUUUUGUAAAUCUAUAUCUCUCAUUAUUUCUAUGUCAGUCACUGUUUGUCCACCUGUGGCGCACAUGUGUGCUUUUCCUUUUACGUUUUACACUCAAUAGCCCUCACGGCAGGUUGCAUUCACCUUUAAAUAACAAGCUGCAGGCUGACAGUACAGUGUAAACACUACUGUAGCUAAGAGUAAAGGAGAGUCCAUAUAUCACUCACAGGCUGUCAAUUAGGUCCAACUCAGGGAUGAGUAAACUUCCAUAUGUGUGAUGGAAGGUGUGACAGCUGUUCCACCUGUUAAAUAUAAAUGUCACCCAGCAUCUUCGUGGAUGUUAUCUCCCUUUGUCUGCAGUGUUCAACAGACAUCCAAAUUGACUCAACAGCAUAGAUGUCGUGAGUGCAUCCAAGAUCAUGAUGAUGAGGAACCUAAUUGGGAACGCAAUGGUGACUUACCUUAGAUCAAGUGUGAAAGUCCUCAUAAAAAAAGACGAAGAAGAGGAGAUUCCAGCGCAGAGCAGCGAGGGAGACGGACUAACAGCUCAAUGUGGUCUACAAAAAACACCCAUUGUGUGACGACCGGGGCGGAUGGUGAUGCGGGGCUCGUUCUCCCAGUAAUGCAGACGGGCUUCAGACACAGCGUGCAGAACUGCAACAGUGGAGCACUACAAGGCGGCCAUGUUGCUGAGUGCUGCAGGUGAUGCUCUGGGCUACAGGAAGCAGCUGUGGGAGGACAACCAAUCAGGGCCCGCCAUUCAUAAAGAGCUUGAGGAGCUCGGCGGGUUGAAGAACAUCAAAGUCGAGCUACCUGAUUGGCCAGUCAGCGACGACACCGUCCUCCAUCUCGCCACAGCGGAGGGCCUCGCCACCGGGAAGCCGGGGGAAGAGCUCCUGCAAGAAGUAGCUGCUCGCUACGUGGAGGGCAUGAAAGACAUGGAAGGGAGGAAACCGGGACCUUCCAGCAUCCUGGGAGUGUCCCAGCUGAGGCCUGGUGAGGAGGGAGGCUACAGAGUUCCAUACAACCCUGAGGGCACAGGCUGUGGAGCCGCCAUGAGAUCCAUGUGCAUUGGACUCAGGUAUCCAAGGCCUGACCAGCUGUUGUCCUUGGUGGCGGUUGCCGUGGAGACGGGCAGAAUGACCCACCCUCACCCCACGGGUUUCCUGGGAGCCGUGGCCUCAGCACUUUUUGCCGCGUACGCCGUCCAGCGCCGGCCAAUCACCACCUGGGGCUUGGGUCUGAUCAACGAGGCCUGUCCAAUAGCGAGGAACUUUGUUCAGGGUCGAGGCUUCGCUGUGGAGGAGGCGGAGAGAGACUGGGCUUUCUUCUGUGACAAGUGGCAGUGGUACCUGGACACCAGGGGCCUCUCCAACGGCUUGGGGCCCGCGCUUUGGCCCUCUUUGUUCGGCCCAGCCGAGCGCGACGAGGCCUACAAGGGUUUCAGCCUGGCGGGAUGGGCGGGCCGUAGCGGUCACGACGCGCCCAUGAUUGCCUUGGACGCCCUGCUGGGGGCGGGAUCAGACUGGGAGGAGCUGAUGAGCAGGGCGGGCUUUCAUGGAGGGGUCAGUGACAGCACUGCUGUUAUCGCCUGCUGCUGCUGGGGUCUUCUCUACGGCACCCAGGGAGUCCCUGAAGGCAACUACAGCAACCUGGAGUACAAGGAUCGACUGAGGCGUAGUGGCGAGAUGCUCUACUCCCUCUCACACUGAGGAUGUUGUCCCAACAUGGAUGUGAAAGCAGGCCACAUGUUGACAUUGGAUGAGUGGGUGCAGUGGCGUGUUACACACAUACACACUGUAUUUGCCUAAAGGGGGCACAAUGUCCCACUGACCCACAGAGCAUCCACAAGGACAAAUGUCACAUGUUGUCACAUAGUAGCUACUGUGUCAAGUGGGCCCCCUAGUGACCGUUUGAAAUAACCGUGCAGCAUUGUUUUCCAGUGGAACCAAUUGAAGCUAAUGAGAAUGUGAAGUUGUCGUGAGUAAAUCAAUG